AAACUUAUGAGCUCCAAAAAAAACAAUAAAAGAAAAACACUGAACCAAUUAAAACUUAUUUAAAAAAAAUAAAAAGGUAAGAGUAUACUAUAGCCGCCAGAUGGGAGGAGUCUUGCACAGCUGCCACCCCAUUAGGAAUAUAUAAAAAGAAAGAAACCUCGAGGGCACAAACAAUGCUGCAACCUCCCUGAGGGUCACGAAGAAAACAAAUAGAAAAGGCGGUGGAAAAAUCGACGGAAGAGAAGAAGGAAAAUGGCGAGCAGCAGCAGCAGCGUGCCGGUGAUUGAUCUGGAAGAGGUGGCAUGGGAAUCCCAGAAGAGGCAGAAACUAAUUAUAGAGGCGUGCGAGGAAUGGGGAUGCUUCAGAAUCAUCAACCAUGGCAUCUCUGCCGCUUUGAUGCAGGAGAUGAAGUCAGUGGUGAGGGCACUCCUCGAUCUUCCCAUCGAAAUCAAACGCCGCAACUCCGAGGUCAUCGCCGGCAGCGGCUACGUUCCGCCUUCCAUCAAAAACCCUCUCUACGAGGGCUUCGGCCUUUACGACUUCGCCUCUACUCAAGCUGUCGCCACUUUCUGUACGCAGCUCCACGCCUCGCCCCACCAAAGGGAUACAAUAAUGAGGUACUCUCAGGCCGUGCAUAGACUAACCAUGGAGAUUGGUUCCAUGAUAUCCGAAAGCAUGGGUGUGGCGAGCAAUUUGUUCGCGGAAUGGCCCUGCCAAUUUAGGAUAAAUAAAUACAGCUUCACCGCGGAAACUGUCGGAUCCCCGGGCGUCCAAAUCCACACAGACUCCGGCUUUCUCACCAUCCUACAGGAUGAUGAAAACGUCGGUGGCCUUGAAGUCAUGGACAAGAAGUCAGGUGAAUUCGUUCCGAUCGAUCCCAUGCCGGGUGCCCUCCUCGUCAAUCUCGGCGACAUCGCUACGCUGUGGAGCAAUGGGAGAUUUUACAACGUGAAGCAUAGAGUGCAGUGCAAGGAGGCAGGAACACGCGUGUCGAUUGCAGCCUUCCUGUUGGGGCCGAAGGAGGCGGCAGUGGAAGCGCCGCCGGAGCUGGUGGCCGCCGAGCACCGCAGGCUUUACGUUCCUAUAACUUUUGAAGAUUACAGAAAGCUCAGGCUGUCGACAGGUUUCAGGGCUGGAGAAGCACUGUCGCUGCUGAGCUCCAGUGCCUCUUCCAGAUGACAGGGACAAGAAGUUUGAAACUUCAUGGUAUGAAACUAUGAAUGCCUCCAAUGAUUUAUGGAGACACUCAAAGAUGACACUUUUAUUCACAGACUAUAUUGAUAUCUCCUAUAUAUGCAUUAGUGGGACGUAUUUAUAUUGAUUUAGUUUAUUUCAAUAUAGUUUCAAUAUUGAAACUAUAUUUACUAGAUUUA